UAUAGGGUUUUAGAUGUAGAGCAACAGACAGAAACCCUAACCCAGCACCUAAAAUUCUUUAACAAUGGCUGUGCUGAGCGCGAAGCAGGUGCUGCAACAGAGCAACACCGCUGACCCCAACUCCAUUUCCAAUCUAUCCCUCACCCACAAGGCUCUCUCCGACGUAUCGUGCUUGGUUGAGUUCGAAAAUAUUCAAAGACUGGACCUUAGCUUCAACAAUCUGACUUCCAUUGAGGGAUUGAAGUCAUGCCUAAACUUGAAGUGGUUAUCAGUAGCCCAGAACAAACUUCAGAGUUUGAAGGGAAUUGAAGGCUUCAGUAAACUAACUGUAUUUAAUGCCUCAAAAAACAAGCUCAAAUCAAUGGAUGAGCUUAGUUCUCUUGUAAGUUUGCGUGCACUGAUCUUGAAUGAUAAUGAGAUUACUUCUAUUUGUAAACUUGAUCAAAUGAAAGACUUGAAUACUCUAGUUCUUUCUAGGAAUCCAAUACGAGGAAUUGGCCUGUUUCUUGCCAAAAAAAAUUCACUUUCAAAAUUGUCUCUUUCUAACUGCCAGCUACAAUGUAUUGACUCUUCACUCAAAUCAUGCACAGAGUUAAAAGAACUGCGACUUUCUCAUAAUGAGAUUAAGACACUCCCAAGUGAGUUGGCUUGUAAUACAAAAUUGCUGAACUUAGACAUAGGAAACAAUGAGAUCAUGAGGUGGUCAGAGCUUAAGGUUCUGUCUUCACUAGUUAACCUAAAAAAUUUAAAUCUGCUUGGGAACCCUAUUGCUGAAAAGGAGGGUCUGGCAAAAAAGAUUAAAAAACUAGUGCCAACUGUGGUGACUUUUAAUGCUAAACCGAUUGACAAGAUCUUGAAGGGAGAAGUUGGAAGAGCCGAUAAUUCUGAUGAUGUCAAUACGGAGUUGGUAGUUCAGAAUGAGGUGCCAAUAGAUCAUGUGAGAAGGAAGAACUCCAGAAAACAUAAUUUUCUAAGUGAAAACGAGGGUGUUCAUCCUGACAGCAUGGAGGAGGAAACAUUGAAUCAUAAUGACAAUAUUGCUUUAUUCAAUGAGAAAUCAAAGAAGAAAUUGAAGUUGCACAAGAAUAUUGCUGAUAAAGUAGAAGUUAUAUCCCAAGAUCCUGGUGUGACAAAGGAAUCAAAGCAAAAGGACAAGAAAAAGGAUGAAAAUGUUAAGGAGAAAACUUCUGAUCUUGAGAUGCAGCUGUUGGAGGAUAAAAAGCAUACCAACAAUGACACUGAAGCUCUGUCUGACACCAGGAAGGAAUCAAAGCAGAAAAAACCAAAAAAGAGUGAAUUUGUAACUGAGAAAACUUCAAAUCAGAAAGUAGGUGUUGCCAAGAUUGAGAAGGAACUAGGUAAAGAACAGGUGGCCAAACAAAGUAAAAAUGCUGUGAUCGAUGAUGGAGAGACUCCUUUCAUGGAUCUUUUUAUGGCUGACAUGUCAACUAAUUCCAUAAGCAGUGGUAGGAUGGAAACAGAUCAAGGAGCCAUUCAUACUGUUGAUGAAAUUGCAGGUGUAGUUACUUUCAGUAAAAAGAAAAAGAAGAAUAAGAAACAAAACAUUGAUCCCACAGCUCUGCAAUUAUCAACAGCUGCUGAUGAAGUUGGUUUGGGUGGACCAUCAACGUGGGAUGCUUAAAAAUAUUCUACAGAGAAGACUGGCUUGUUUUAUUUCUGUUUUGCUUAUUUGGCCUUUGGGUACUCUAUUUUAAGCCUUUUCAACCCAUUUUGGGUAGUUCAAAGUGAGGCGAUUUGCACGAGAUAAUAGCCUCAUGGUUCAAGCUUAUAGCUUGUGUCCCUAACACCUACCAUGAGUGCUUGAAUGAGAGGGUGGACUCUGAAACUUUCAUGACUGAUACUCUGAGAGUAAACCCUUAGAAGUUUGUAAUUCCUAUUUUCUCAGCAAGUUUGAAUUUCAUAGUGAUGAUUUUUUUGAAGAUAGAUUAGCAAAA